GAAACACCACCCCGCCCUCUCGCACCCAAUAGCCCAACUAAAAUCUAGAAAUUUCCUCUCGAGAUAACCUCUGCGCGGGAGUUGGCGAAAUAAUCGAAAUCGAUCAGUGAAUUGCAGUUUGCGAGAGGAAGAAGGUCGGUGAAUUCAGUUGCAGUCGAGCACCAUGGGAGUCCCCGCUGGAGAUGUCGAAAAGGGCAAGAAACUCUUCGUCCAACGAUGCGCCCAAUGCCACACUGUCGAGGCCGGGGGCAAGCACAAAACCGGCCCCAAUUUGCACGGCUUGAUUGGGAGGAAGACGGGGCAGGCCCCCGGGUUCGCCUACACCGACGCCAACAAAGCCAAAGGAAUCACAUGGAACAAAGACACGCUGUUUGAGUACCUCGAAAACCCCAAGAAAUACAUCCCCGGAACGAAAAUGGUCUUCGCUGGACUCAAAAAACCGCAAGAACGGGCAGACCUCAUCGCUUACUUGGAAUCAGCAACUAAAUAAACUAGCGACGUAGAAAUUAAUUUCUACUAAAUCGCUCGUAUUAGUAGUCGUUUCCUCGGCUGAGUACAGUUGUCAUCACUUGUACAAAACCGGGGAAAAACUUGUACAAACUAGCCAAUUUUCCUUAAAUUAUUCGACAUGUUCAUUGUAACGCUGUACAGUAAGCAUUAGAUAACUUAUUUUAUUUGUGUUUGUUUUAUCUGUUCCACGUUACCGCAGAAGAUUCAAAAAUAAAUUAUUUGCGUUUA